CAGAGUGACCUAGGUAUUUUCACUGCGCAGCUAGUUCAUCCGAUAGGGCCGCUUAGACCGCCCUCUUGUUUUUACCUUUAAAAAUACAAUAUUUUCAAUAACGCGUCUACGAGCAUCCGAGUGGACUGGUUAAUGAGGCGACGCAAACAAGAUGCCUUCCCGUUUAAGUUUGUGGUUAAGUUGUUAACGUGUUGGUGUGGUGGGUGAAAUGCUCACGAGACAAAUCUUCGAUGAGUGUCCCUUUAAAGGACCCCUCACCAGACUUGCGGAUUGCCAAAAAACAAGCCUGCCCCACCUGGUGCAAGCAGUGUUCAAGGGUGAUGUGGAAGAAGUGGAGGAGCUGCUGGCAGAAGGAGAGGAGGCCAACUAUCAGGACGCAGAGCGGCGCAGCGUGCUGCACGCAGCUGCAUUCUGUGGCCUUCACCAGGUCACUGCCCUGCUUCUAGCGCAUGGUGCCCGCGUCAAUGCCAAAGACAACAGAUGGGCCACUCCACUGCAUCGUGCCUGUGCCUCUGGAUACGAGGACGACAACACCCACCAGCUAAAGCCCGAACCUGUAGAUGUAAAGAAAACUGUGGAAGUGCUACUACGACACCAGGCAGACGUGAAUGCACGAGACAAAUUUUGGCAGACUCCACUACAUGUGGCAGCUGCAAAUAAUGCAGUGUCAUGUGCUGAGCUGAUCAUUCCUCUGCAGAAUAAUGUCAACAUCUCGGACCGUGCUGGACGCACCAGCCUUCAUCAUGCUGCCUACAAUGGGCACACACCGAUGGUGGAGCUUCUACUGCAGAACAACGCCACAUGCAACUUCUUUGACAAGCGUGAUCGCCGAGCCAUCCACUGGGCUGCCUACAUGGGCCACACGGAAGUUAUCUCUCUUCUGGUCAGCCAUGGAGCCGAUGUCAACGUGCGAGACAAGGACUACUAUACUCCACUGCACUGUGCGGCAGCCAACGGGCGUCUCAGUGCUUUGCGUCAGCUGCUGACCCUUGGUGCUGACGUGGAUGCACCGAACGGCUGUGGGAACAGUCCCUUGCAUGUGGCAUGUCUCAAUGGCAAGGAGGACAUCGCUGAUGAACUACUUGCUGCCGGCGCCCACAUUUCUGCUGUCAACUGCCGUGGCCAGACACCGCUUCACUAUGCGGCAGCUUCAACACAUGGGGCAGGCUGCCUAGAGGUUCUCCUGCGUCAUCGAGGUGCUGUAGUGAACUGCCCCAGCCAGGAUGGCCGUACCCCAUUGCACAUGGCAGCAAUUCAUGGCCGCUGCAGCCGUGCCCAGACUCUUUUGGAAGCUGGUGCUCAUGUUGAUGCCCAUGACGUGCAGGGUUGCACUGCGCUGCACGUUGCUGCUCGUCAUGGACACGACCUGUUGCUCGGGGGACUGCUGCUGGCUGGAGCUGCCUGUGACACUCAUGGCUGCUCAGGAAUGACACCACUGCACAUGGCUGCCUUGGGUGGAUACACCGACUGCUGCCGCAAGCUUCUCCAUGCUGGUGCAAAGAUUGAUGCUAGAGACGACCAGGGGCGAACCGCUUUACAUUUUGCUGCAUAUGGCGGCAAUCAAGAAACCCUGGAGUUGCUCAUUAGUCAAGGCGCUGACUGUCUUGCCUGUGAUAGCUUUGGAAGGCUGCCCCUGCACUACAGUGCUGGAGGUGGGCCUGAGCAGCAGCAGCAGAGCGGUGGCUGCCUGAGUGCCCUGCUUGCUAUGGGCUCAGACGUCGACCGGGCAGAUGGUGAGGGACGCACGGCACUGCUGGUGGCAUCAGCAUCUGGCGACCCCGAAGGGCGCUCCCUGACCCUGCUGCUUGAGCAAGGGGCCCAGCCUGCGACACAGGACAGCAGGGGCUUCGGGGCCUUGCACCACCUUGCCGCUGCAGGACACCUGACCCCACUUACAACUCUUUUAUCUGUGAUGAAUGCUGAAGAAGUCAGAAGAACAAAGUCUCACAGUGGGCUUUCACCUCUUCAUCUUGCGGCGGUGGGUGGACACAGCGAUUGUCUCCAAGCAUUGCUAUCAGUCGGAUGCAUGGAAGACGUGAUAGAGUGUGCCGAAGAAGAGCAGGGCUGGAGCCCACUGGCCCUGAGUGCCCUGUUGGGUCGAACUCAGUGCCUGAGCUUGUUGCUGCUGCAUGGAGCCCAGCCGCUGGGGAGCAACCCUCGCACUGGGGCAACCCCGGUUCAUGCUGCUGCCGCCUCAGGUCAGACGGAGUGCCUUGAGAUCCUUCUUAAUAGUGCCAAAGGAUCUGAUGCUGCCAACACAAGAGAUGCUAGCAACAGGACUCCUCUGAUGCUGGCUGUCUUGAAGGGUCACACUGACUGUGUGGAGCUACUGCUGAGACAUGGUGCUGCUGUAGAUGCUGAAGACAUGUCCCGGAGGACAGCCCUGUUUUACGGAGCUUUUGGGGGCAGUGAGGAAUGCAUGCGCAAGCUGCUGAAAGAGGGUGCAACUGUCUUGUUGCGUGACAACAUGGGCAAGACCCCACUGCACCUGGCAGCAGCAGUGGGCAAUGGCGCUGUCUUGUCGAUGCUGCUACGCCAUGGCCCUGACGGGGAAGGCCCUGACCGACUUGCCGAUCUCCGAGGUUUUACUCCCAUCCACUGGGCAUGCUAUGGAGGUCAUGGCCCAUGUCUUGGCAUGCUCCUGGAACACACUCGAACAAAUACAUUUUAUGGGAACUCCUUCAGUCCGCUUCAUUGUGCAGCAUUCCAUGGAAGUGAGUUUUGUAUAGAAUUGUUGCUCAAUCAUUUUGGGAAGAAGUUAGUGCAAUUACGGGACAAAAAGCAAAGGACUGCACUCCAUGCGGCUGCAUGCGACGACAGCGUAUUGUGCCUGCAGACCCUGGUCAAGGAAGGUGCUGACAUCAAUGCCGCUGACUGUAGGGGUCAAACGCCACUCAUGAUGGCUGCUGCCCAUGGGAGCUGCAAGUCCAUAGAGGCCUUAUUGGAGCUGAAUGCAGACAUCCUUGUUCAAGACAGCAAGGGUAAUAGUGCUCUUCAUCAUGCUUGCUUGCAGAAACAAGAAGGUGCAGUGGCCACUCUAUUGGAGAAAGCAGAUUUUGUGAAGCUCAUCAAUAUGAUCAACGAUGACAUGAAAACAGCUCUUCAUGUUGCUGCAAGCAAUGGCCUGAUCGAUGCAACUCAGGCGCUACUCCUGAAAGGUGCUGACGUGCUUGCCACAGAUGUCAACGGCCACACACCUGCCCUCUCCUGUGCCAGGAGCAACGAAGUAGCCGAGUGCCUUGCUCUUAUCCUGGCCGUGAUGCCUUCAUCGAGCCCUUUCCGGAUGGAUGGUUUCUCACGUGUGAGCAGCCUGUACCGACAGGGGGGCCAUCUCUCAGAGCUGUUUAGCGACCAAGCCAACCACCACACAGGGGCACGAACAUCCUCUGCCGACAGCCGCGAUUGUUCAGAGCCCUGUCAGAGCUCUGACUCGGAGUACUACUGACGGUUGCUGCUGCCCGCACUGCUCCUCAUCAGCGGCUAUGGUCCGAGCAAGGAGGUCACCGGGGCCCUUGCUUAAGCGGCCAGUAUCGCUGUUGGGGUUGUGGCGCUGGGCGGCAGUAUGUUGCUCUUGACAGGCCUUGGCCGAGCUAAGGUUUUCUUGUUCCGUUACUGCUCAGGUCGCUCUCUUCAUUUUGCCUGCGACCGACCUUCGCUAAAUAUGGUGCCAUGAUACAUAGGUGGGCCUUCUCACCCUUGGAAGUGCCACUGAAAAUGCGUUUUGCAUGCGACUCCAACCCAAAGUGGGGGACAGACAGUCAGUGUUGCAGCAUUUUUCGUUGUUCAGUCCUUGUUCCUUGCAUGAGCCUGGCAAUCACGCAUGCAAAGUGCUGUGAAACUACACUGAAAUAUGGGCUUGGCAUGCUGGAAGCCGCGCAGUUUGCUCCCCUUUGCUUCAACCACCAAGAGAGAGAGCUUGAUUAUUCUUAUGACACAUGAUGCGUUCAGCUUCUAAAAGCACUCCGAUUGCUCUGAAGGGUACAUGACUAAUUGAUCUGCCAUGUAUCUUGAAGAUGUAGACGCUUAUUUUUAUGAACUGCUCAAUGCAGAUGAGUAUGCACGCACAUUACUUUUCUUUUUAAUCUCCUUUGGCUUUUCUUAGUUCCCUGUGCACUAAGGAGCCUUCAGCUAUUGUUAGCUGUAGUUUACUGACGAAUGGAAGGCUUUUUCCACUUUAGUUCAAAGAAGCAAGCUGUUGACAUAGUUGCUUCUUCACUGUGACCCUUAUAUUAUUAAUCUCAAUUUGGUGGUUUGAGUUUGUACUUGUCAGUUAUGUUUCGCUAAAACCUCACGCUGUUGCGUGUAUCUGCCAGAUUUUGUUUCACCAGGAUUUGCUGGCAGCCGAAAACAUUAGCUCUCUUUCAGGAUUUCGUCAUUGUUGAUAAGGGCACCGGACCUCGUAGUUGCGACAAUCCUGUCUUAACUACACGUGUCAUCCUUAAAACUGAAGCAGCAGGCGGCAAAAGUACUCUUUCUGCCGUCCAAAGUGAGCCUAGACUGCACCUACUGUUGCCGCCGCCUUUGCCGCUGCCUCCAUUGUCUCUCAAGUAGUGGGAGGUGUGAUAAUGCAUUCCACCGCAAACGGGUUCUUUGGUGGUCGCAUUACCUACAUUCGCUGAAUAGACAUUUUGUGCCAGUGCAGCUCUAUUGAAGUACUACAACCGUUGAUAAGAAAUUGCCGUUGUGGCUCUGUCACUGAACCUGUGAGUGCAUGUUUAUCAAGCGAAAAUAGCAUGUACAGAGCCAGCUGAAGGCACUGCUCAUGACCUUUUAACUUUGCCUUUCAAUUUUUGGUUCAGUUGAACCUUUUUGCUUGUCUACAACUAGUCCCUGUGUGUAAUCUGAAGUGUGCCUCCCCCCCUUGUAGGUUUAUAGGGGAAGAAUGUGCAAAUGCGAUAGCAUAGCUGAAGUUAGCCAUAGCAUUGGUGUUGGCAGUUUCGAGUUAUGCUGCUUUUCAAGAAACAAAUUGGAGUGGUUUUCUUGAUACAGUGUUGUGUGUAUGUUCAAGGAAUAGCUAUGUUAUGUCAAAUUUUUAGCUGUCCAUAAGGUCUUGUGCCUGCUUUUUCUUUUUUUCUUUUAGUUGCCACGCUACCAGCUGCAUUUAAGUGUAGCAGUGGCUGUCAGGGCUGAUAUGGCAGUGAAGUUGCACUGUGUUGCGUAUUAUUGCUCUGCAGAUUUCCCAGGUUAUUUUGUUCAGUAACUGCCUAUGCCAUCAGUGGUGUCUAGUAUGUGUGCAAUGCUUGCUGACUAGAGGUUUUACCAUAUUUACACGUGAAUCGGAGAGAUUUAUGUUUUGCGCGACUGUGUAAUAAAACUGUCUCAUAUUAAUUGGCUGUGCAAGAGGAUGAAUACCAGCUGCGCAUAAAGUGGUUAUGACAAACAUUUGCACAGUUUAAUGUCAGUGUAAUGAAUUGAAGACUGACAUACUGAAUUAUCAUACAAAACAAACUAAUCCUAAGGUUUGUUUGGUUUAGCCAUAUGUUGCCUUAGUGAGUAUUAUUUUUCUUUGAUUGACCCAAUUAUGCAGCGACAUGGUGUCGCUAUUACAAAUUUUCUUUUGCACUCAGCUCAAAAUUGGCACCAUCCUACAGUUUUAGGGCUGAACAUCUUUUGAAUAAUGUAGAGUGAGUUUAUAGCACCAUGCCUGUACACUUUUGUGGCAAAUACUGGGUAAAAUUGCAACAUUUUGUUACUUUAGGUGCUACUUUAUAACAAGGUUCAAUGGUAUAUGGUUAACACAGAAUAGCAGCUGUUGCUGUGUUGUGUGCAUCUGCAAAAAAAUUCAUGAUGCAAGCUGCCAGGUAGCUUAAGGAUUUUUGCACGAACAUAAAAUGAGAGUAGCAUGUACAAUUUAAUUUGAGCUUGACAGGAUGACUUGAAUGAAAAUCUCAAUUAUUAAGAUGUUUUGUCGGAAAUUAGGAGCCUGCUAGUAUCUUUCAUAGGCAACAAGACAUAUGUGACAAGGUUGACGCUUACCCGUGUUGUGUGUGAAAAAAUUCCUUUUGUUGCAUGGUUUGCAAAUGUUCUAAUGGAAUGAGCAACUGUUAAGCUUUUGGUCAACAUGCAGAUUUUUGUGUUGAACAAAUAAGAAUUGCUGAAGAAAUGUGAUUGACAAAUAUUGACGUGCAUGUUAACAUUCGUGAUCUUUUGAUUGAACAUCAACUUCUUUCAGUAGUUGAAUGCAACAACUAGAGCAUAGAAUUACAUAUAGUAGUAGUUUUGCAAAAGUGGCUUAAAGCAACAUUUUAUUACCGUUUUUAUACAUCUCAUAAUUGAGAAAGGCCUCGGUAAAUACACAGUGCAGCAAAUUUGACUGGCAUAAUUGUAGUUAGCAUGCAUUCAGCCACAUUUGAAGAACUUCCAUUUGCAUGUGUGUUGUUUUGUCGACAUUUAAUGUGCUCUUCAAACAGUCAAGGUCAAGUGUGCCUGUCUCCUAGUGCAGGGUGGUUGCAGCAAUAAGACAACAUUCCUUCAUUUGGCUAGAGAAAAGAAAACAAAUUUUGCAUGUUUCUAUAUUUGAUGCAUUCCUUUGUUUUGCUGCAUUUUACUUUGUGUUAUUGACAUUACUGAAUUGCCUUUUGUGUAACGGUCGUGUAAAUAAGGUACGGCCUCUGGUGAUAUAACGUGUGUUGUAUAGUAUUAUCAUUCUAGUUUUUGUGUACCAAAGCCUCAACCAAUGGGCUGCCUACCAUGGGCAUAUGUGCAGCGUGGUCAAGACCAGCUGAUGUAAAAUGACAGCCAUGCUUUUCUCACACCCAUUCUCACUUCCUGUGAUAUGCACAGCUCGUUGAGAUUUAUUCCUGCACUUCUGGGCAUGAAUUAAGUGCAGGAAAAGAAGAAAUAAACGGAUGCAAGAGGCGGUUUAUAUUGUGCAGAAAAAAAAAAAAAAGACUGCUUCACACAGGGCAGGGGAUCUAGUUAACUAGAGUUAUGCAGACCAUUUUCUUCUCUUGAUUGAAGUUGUGCAAGGAGCAAAAUUGCUUCAGCUUUCUCUCUUCCUAUCCCCUAUAUAUAUAUAUAUGUGUGUACAUAUAUAUAUAUAUAUAUACUUACACACCCACACACACACAAGUAACGUCUGUCAGUGCCAGUGCAAAAGAAAAAUGCUAUGCUGAACAUUCAAAAAUCUGUAUUGUGCAUGUGUUGAAGUGCUGUCGCACACGUGACGUUUCAUGCAGUUGGUAAGGCUGUGCUGAAGAGUUUGAGCGAAGCGACUGCAGAAAUAGGCACUCAAUAUUGAUUUGCCCCAACAUUGAGAGCUUGAGCUUGAUCUCUGCCGUUGUAGAUUGUAUGGCUGGCAUUGUAUGUGGUGUUCUGUUCAGGCUGUUCACUUUUGUUCCACAUUUCUCACAGGGUGUGGUACUUGGUACACCAAAGUGCAAGAGAAAGAUUGUUUUGGCUGGUUAGGUUUCGUCAGUUUUUCGAAGUUGCCGAAAAUUUCAGUGUUAAGAGUUCACAGUGCUGUGCAGUGCUUGUGAGCAUAAACGCUGGUUUCUUUCGACCUGUUUUAGCCUCUAAUGUAGUCUUUUGUUAGAUCUGAUGCAUGCUCAUGAAAACAGUCUAUUGCAAGUGAUGGUCACCCUUAGCCUUUCUUUCUUAUUUUCCGUAGAGGUUGGUAUUGAUGUUUCAAUGUGCACUUUGUUCCGUCUUCCCAAUUCCUUUGCCAUCUGAUUUAGCACGAAAGUUUCCUCAAUUCCUUUAAAAUCUGUAAAAUGGCACAGUUUUGUUUUUCAUAUCAACAUAUCUACAAAGUUCUCCACAAGGCCUCUUGUGCCUGCAAGGUUGCUAGUAGCAUUCAGAGAUUUUAGACAACUAAGCUUGUACAAAUACAGAUAGUCAUUCUUGACCAUGUGCAAAGUACAAGGUGGUUAACGGUUUAACUGCUUUCCUUCAUUUGCUAUGCCAAUUGGCAUUGUCAAGUUGUUUAUCGGCCUGCCCCCCCCCCUCCCCCCCCCAAAGAAAGAGAGAUGGUUUUGGAGGAUUGCUGAUGAAUGUGCAAUUGCAUACAAUGUACAACAAAACAUGCAAAGUAUACGUGUCAUGCGUGGUCAGCCCGCUUGCUUUGAGCAACUGCUCAAGGCUGCUUCAGUCAUUUCGUUUUGUCAGCCGAGCCUGCUUGUAAAUUGCCAUGAAAGAGAAAGUGGUGCGCAUUAGUCGACCCUGUCUUUUUAACUUUGUCGUAAUCUCGUGCCUUACUCUCACCUAACAUCUUUGUUAUGGAAAGAGUAUUGUCCGUGUGAACAUCGUUCCACAGGUUUACAAGAUUACACUGAAAAAGAAAAAAAAAAGUGAAAAUAGAUGUAAGUCGAACUUUUUUUUUUUUUUUACUCUUCUGUUUAGUUUUCGCAUUUUGUAACUGGACUCUGCCAUCAGUUUUACAUGAAUUGGUGUAAGAUGUCCUUAGCUGGUGACUGGAUAGCAUGCUACUCCCUCUUGAAAAUCCAGAACUGCUUCUUGUUCUUACAGCAAUCUGGUUUUGUUCAGUCAACAUGAGAAGUGCUUCUCUUAUGCAUUGCUUAGCUGCGCUGCCACAGCGGCAGGAAUCUACUAUAAAGUGAGUUUCGAACAAUGUGCAAUCAUGUCUACUAAUUUCGUUUUGUUUCUGAGUAAUCAUUCUGUCUCACCUUGUAGCUCCUUUUAUUAUUUGUCUCUCCGAAGCAGCCAGUUCAGAUUAGUUUGUGCCAUAAAUGAGUGAGCUUCACUUUUUUUUUUUACUUUUUUUCCCCCAAUUACUGCAGUGGGCACAAGCUGUCACCUCAUGAGCAUUUCUUCAAUAUUUUCAUUUCUUCACUUUUUCAAUUAUGUGCUUGUUUUUGAAAACUGUGUGAACUGAUGGGCUGCUUUGGGCUGUAUGCAAAUUUGUUGUGUUAGGCUUUAUACUUCCACAAAGUACUUUAUUUUUUUUCCAUCUCUUGCCAUCCUGGAAGACCUGUAGUUGUAUUAGCUGUCAUAUAAGCAAGUUGUUGGCUAACGGUAGUAAUAGUGCUUGUGUUCAUUCAAGAGUUGUUGACAUUCUUAAUGGGACACUAAAGGCAAAUAUUGAGUCAAGCUAGAAUGAUAGAUUUGGCUCCCAGGGUGUAAAUAAUUGUCAAGUUUAACAUUCCAAAGCUGCAGUGUAAUACAACUCAUGAGGGACGCCAUAUUGGCAGGCUCCGGAUUAAUUUUUACCAUCUGGGUAUUUAAAAUGCAUGGAAAUUUGGGCACAGGUGCAUUUUUUCAUUCUUCCCCCAUUGGAAUGAGGCUGCUGUGGCUGGGAAACAAACCCAUGACCUUACACUCAACAGCAGUACACCAUAGCCACUAAUCCACCGUGACGGGCAUUCAAGGGUGUGCAACGUGUUGCUUUUACAGAGAACAAUGUUUUUUUUUUUUUUUUUGUGGUAAAAUGACAUAAACAUAGCACAGGAUUGGCACCACUACUGCAAAAAUAUGACGCUGGUUCACAUGAUGUAACACAUACCAUUUAUAAUUGGUAAACUGGAGUGAAGCACAGAUAAUACGAAAGUUAAUUACAUUGCAUUACAAUGCAAAAGAAUAUGCAGUCUCUUCCCUAUUCCUUUUUUUUUUAUCUCUCUCUCUCUUCCUACAGAACCCACUAGUGCUGCCUUUUCACACUGUUCUGUAAUAACACUUUACAGCAUAGUGGUGGUCUUCCUGCAGGUCUCUGACUGAAAAAAAAAAAAGUGAAAGAAAGAAAAAGUUCCAGCAGAAACGCAUCUCGCGAUGACUGUCGACCAGCUGUUAGGAUUCAAACAAUAUAGUGACAUACCGUAUUGUUAAAGACGCCUUUAUUUACAAUCUCGAGGGGGGAAGUAGGCUAAGAACACUAAUAGCCUUAAUACAUCUAUUCGUCACCAUGGCCCACAGCAUCUGCACCUUCGGACACCACAACAAAAGCUUCACUAAAGGUUGCCUCCCAACCGUAGCUAGCUUUGUCCUGCUGGCAUUGCAGAAGUCAGCAUAACUAACUUCUAUCGAACUACGGGUGCAGUUGCAUAUGCGUGUUGGUCAUUGUGCUGUGCAGAAAAAUUGUCAGGAACUGAGAGGUCAGGCAGGCGGGACAGAUGCCUGAUCUCUCAGUUACCGACAGUUUUUCUACUCAGCACAAUUAUCAAUGAGCAACACUGACUAGACAGCCAACUGUGCUAUGCCUAUGCAUCUUUUUCAGGCAAAAAACUCCUUUUCAUUGCCAGUUAGAAGAGCGCACGUUCUCACUUUUAAUAAUCAGACGUAAUUUUCUUUUUUGUUUCAUGAGCAACAUUGCAGGUUCUAGACAUCAGCAGCAUGUCAAAGUAGGCUAAGAAUAAUAAUUGCAUUAAAACAAUAGAACCAAGCAGAGUGCAAUCUCUGAGAUUACUGCUGUGGCUACAUGGGAGACCCUGUUCAUCUUAAGCAGUUUGAAUUGACAAAGAAUUCUAUGGCCCCUUCAGUCAUAAUUUCCUCCUGGCAUCUAUUGGCACAAAACAUGUUUCAGGAGGGUAACCGAUCAGUCUAGAUUGAUUUAAUGUUUGCCUUUGAGUGACCGCUGAAGACAAGGUAUUUGUGGUAUUAUCUAACCGGAUUCACUUGUCACUCAAGCUGCUACUCAGAUAGUGAUAUUGGUGCUUUGUUCAAAUGGUGUAUCUUUGCUCAGGCAUGCAAAUUUGGCUUGUGUGUUUCUACACCGGGAAGGAAAAAAAAAAAAAGCAGCAACGAAGUUGUGCUCAGAUUAAGAGUUGUGUAUGCUCAUCUAGGUGGCUUUUACUGGUCAUGCUUCAGGACAAUUUUUUUUCUCUGUUUGCAACGCUUGCAGUCUUCAGAGUUGCUUUUAAUAAUAAAUAGUUUAUUGAAAAA